GAGGUAAUGGAAACUAGGUGCCAGAUCGUGGACCCACGAGUGUCGUGGUCAGAGAAAGAACUGGGAAAUUCUGUAAAUCGACCAACAUUUUCGCCAAAAUUUGACGCCAGAGUGUCAUGGUUAAAGACUGAGUUAAUGUACACCAUUCAGAUUUUUUUCGCUAGCUAUUUUGAAGUGAAUAAAUUGUAAUUAAAGAGGUACAAUCUGACUUAAUCGAAGAAUUGCAGUGGCCUGAAAAGAAGUUCGAACUCGAGCGGCUUUUUUAUUUGCACAGGAACAAUACGUAGGCCUACAAAACAACACACACAAGCCAUGGCUGGGGUUACGCACGUUGAACAGCUGAAACUAGACUUGGAAGAGGUCAACAAGUUAAUUCCCUUGGCAGAGCGUCAGCGUGUCAAGGCGGCGCUGUCCAUUGAAAAGGGUCGUAUUGAGGCGGAGAUUGCACAGAAAGAAAAGGUGGUGUUGGCGAGCGGAGGGGGUGAUGCGACCAGCCCAAUUCCGGCGGGACAGAAGCCUAGGCAGCUCUCCACAGCAACAAUCAAUACAUAUGGCUGGGACCAGUCGGAAAAGUUUGUUAAACUCUACGUCACUUUGAACGGUGUCGGCUCCAUCCCGGCGGCAAAUGUAACAGUGGGAUAUGAAGAGAAGUCCUUUAAGCUUGUAGUUCACGACCUGAGGGACUCGAACCACCAACUUGUCAUAAAUGGACUCCUCGCAGCCAUCUUGCCAAAAGAAAGCCACUUUAAGGUCAAAACCGACAGCGUGGUGAUAUUUCUGAAGAAGAAGGAGCAAGGCAGAAAGUGGAGUUAUCUGACACAAGUGGAACAGAGACUCAAAGACAAGAAAAACAGUGCGCCAAAGACAGAUAACGCCCCAGACGCAGGCACAGGCAUGAUGGAUAUGAUGAAGAAGAUGUACGAUGAGGGUGACGACGAGAUGAAGAGAACCAUCGCCAAGGCCUGGACAGAGUCCAGAGACAAGCAGACAGCCGACACAAUGUAACCCUGUAACCCCUAACCCUACAAGAUCCUUCCAAACCCUUCAAAACCCAACAGAGGAGUUGUGAAGGACUUUGGCCUGGACCAACUGAGAUCCCUAGUAAUCCACCAGAAAGUGUUUGUGGAGGUUUCUGGCUUGGACAGAGUCUAGGGACAAGUAGGUAGCCGGCAUAAUGCAAUCCUGAAACCCCCUAACCCUACAAGAUCCUUCAGAACCCAUCAGAGAGAUUGUGCAGGAUCCUACAAAAUCCUUUGUGGAGGAUUCUGGCUUAGACAGGGUCUAGUUUUUUUGCUUUUUUUUCUUUCUAAAUGUGCAGGGUUUUUUUGUCCAAUUGUUUUCUGUAAAACAACCAUUUUUGUACAUUUCCAAAGCUUUUGGAAGUUUGAGAUUAAUAGUUCUGCGGCAUUGGUUUUGUUCAUAUUGUUUUCUUUGCCAAGUGAGUCCAAUGACCUUGUUACCUUUGAACGUGCUGGCUUGACCUUGACAUCAACAGUCGUACAUCCAAGGAAGAAAUUCUGAAUAUGUUUUCACUGAUUUCUGAAAAAUAAUCGUAUCCUCUGACCACUGAUUUUAGAUGUUAAUGGUUAGAUUUUAAAUAAAAUCCUUGCAGCCCAUAAAUAUGGUAUGGUUUUGUUUAGUUGGGUUGUAACAAUUUUAGCUCAACUUUAACAAGCAUUCUACUUUGCACAUUCAGUAAAUGAUGUGGAAACAUACAUCACUUCAACAUACAUUACUUUGACAGAUGUCUCUACUUUUUGUCCUCUAGAACAAAACGGAAAUCAGGAUGUUUGAAGUCAAAUUUAAAGAAUAUGCCGAAUUGCCUAGACUCAUUUCAUUAUUUCAGACGUGGCUGAAGUUUUUUUCUCCUUUGUACAUGUUUUAGGAACAGAGUUACACAUCAAGGUGAAAUUGUUAAUCGUUUGUAAGUUCCUUAUACUGCAAGACGUUUCUGUUUCUGUUUGAUAUAAUUUGUAUUAAAAGAUGCACAAAAGAAACCAGGAUGUUUUUAGUUCAGAUUA